CGCAUUACGGCAGUUUGACAAUUCGAAGCAAGCGAGGGAAAACGAGUCAAACUCCUGCGGCCGUCACCUUGACGUCAUGCCUGUCUGUGUGCUGUCGGAGGGGGUGGGGCCCGGCGCUCAGGUGCCAGCACACUUGACCAGGAUUCCCAUUCCACUCAUCACCACCAGCGCAGACUACUCCAGCAACACAGUCCAGGGGAAAGUGGUUCGUAAAGGCCCCCUGGUGUCUUCAGCAACUGACGACUUCAUCUUGAAGGCUGUCAUCCAAGACGACUCCGAGCUGAGCUCCUCAUCUCAGAACCCGUCCAUCAACGUCGUUCUGUUCGGAGCACUGGCCAAGGACUUCAAUCAAGCUGUCAAUCAAGGGGAUGUGGUGGUGGCCUCUGGCUUCACCGUGGGCAAAUCUCCCACAGUUCAUAAGGACAAGCUGCACCCCUGUAACCUGCUGAUGUCAGGAGACGAGGCCUGUCUAUAUGUGUCCCGCACGCCGCCUCUCUCUGACCCCAGAUCCCUGUUGGCCAACAAGAGGAGCACCACGCUCUCUACAGAGGUUUCCAGGAAGGCCAAGGUUCCAAAGUAUACAUAUGUCCGACUGGACGACCUGAAGGUUGGAUCUGUGGUCAACGUGUACGGAGUGGUGCUCUUCUUCAAACAGCCGUUCAAGAGUCGGGGAACAGACUUCUGCUCCAGCCUGAAGAUCACUGACCAGUCCAACCAGAAGGUUGGCUGCACCAUCUUCUGUGAGAAACUGGAGGAACAUCCCAAAAUCUUUCAAAUCGGAGACAUUGUCCGCAUGCACAGAGUCAAGACUAAGUUCUUCAACAACUCCAUGACACUGCUCAACACCUUUGGUUUCUCUGUGGUGACGUUUGAUGGGGCGGUGGGCAGUGCCGUGGAGCCACGGACCUCCAGCCGCUCCUUCCACUUUGACGAGGACGACCGUCGCACUGUGGAGGAGCUGCGAUCUUGGGCAGCCGACCAGACUCUCCUCCCCCCGCUUCCCACAAUCCCUCUGUCUGCCGUUCAGCCUAAAGCUUACUUCGACCUGACCUGCCAGCUGUUGGCCAAAGCCCCCAUCGACACCACCUGCACCCUGCUGAGGGUGUGGGACGGGACCAGGUGUCCUCGCACUCUGCUGAAGGUUAUAGUCGAGCCAGGUGUCACAGAGGGGCCGUCCUCCUUCUCCAAGGAGAAAGAGAACCUCAUCGCCAACGUCCUCAUCUACGACAACCACGUGGAGUUCGCCAGGCAGUUGAAGCCCGGAGACUUCCUGAGGAUUUACAACCUGCGAGCAAUUCCAGGGUCCAGUAAAGUACCGGGCCUCACCAGCAGCCAAUCAGAGGAGGUGGAUCACCUGGCCUUUCACCUGCAUGGUGGGACGGCUUACGGCAGGGGGAUUCGGGUUCUUCCAGAGAACAGCCCCGAUGUACAGGAGCUGAAGAGAGUCCUUGAAGCCUUCCCAGAGGAUGACCAGGACGAACUCCAUGAGCUGGACGACUUAGACUUCUUGGAAGUCUGGGCCACUCCUCCAGAGUCUCUUGAUGGUGAAACGGUGAAGUGCAGCACAGAGAGAAGCUGCAGUCACAACCUGCAGCCGGUGACACUGUCCGAGCUGAAGGGGUCUGAUCCAGGUCGACUUCACCACGUCAGAGUCCAGCUGAGAUCCUACGAACCCCGCAGACUCCACCAGUCUCUGAAACUCUACUGCAGCAAGUGUACAUCUAUGCUGGACUUUCCAGAUGAUGAACAGGUAGCAGGUCUGUUCUCUGAGGCGUCCAGGGACUCUGCACCCUGCAGUCCCCCACCGUGGUCGCUCUCUGGGCGGGUUGACGUCCCCGGAGGCUCCGUGGGAUCCUCGAACCGAGCUCUGUGUGUUUACCUGUCCACCCAGCUCAUGUCUGAGGGCAAAACCAAAGAGCUCAUCUUCCUCAUGGGUUCAACUCUGGAGGAAACGUGUCGGCUAGCGGCCGGCUACCAGAACAUCGUCCCUGUGAGGUCGUCAGGAGGUCACCUGACUCUGCUCGACCUGUCUGCACCUUUCCUGUUCAGGGGCAGGAAGAGAUACUACGGGUGUAAGCGGUGCUCUGAGGCUGCGGUGAGGGAGCCGUGUGCUGAAGGAGUCGAGGUGAUCGAUGAGAAGAUCAUUGCAGACGCCCUCGGCGUUCAGCUGCUGCAGUCCGUCCUGCUGAUGAAGCUCGAGCUGCAGGACGCCACCGGCACGCUGGACGUCUUCCUGUGGAGAGACGCCGAGCUGUUCUUCCGCGUGUCGGCUGAGGAUGUGGCAGCCAAUCAGGAAGCUCAGAAGAGCAUCCAUCAAACCAUGGAUACCCUCUGUCCACCAGGGGGCAGCACAGGUGAGCGUCCGUGGCUGGACCUGUGUCUGACCGCGUACCGAGCAGAGGACGACGAUGGACAGAACCAGAUCUGCUAUCAGAUCUGCCACACCUCCGUCACCAAACCCUCCUCCACAGGGUCCGAACCUGACCCGGCCUGAACCGCCUACAGGUGCAGGGUCUCUGGUAAACCAGAGAGAGUCCUGCAGGAAAAAAAAAAAAACAGUUUCUACCUGUUUUUGUUUCAUCUCCUUUAUGGUUUUUAUUUUUAUUUAUUGUGUAAAACUAGAUAAAUGUACAGAAAAUUUUGCUUCAAAAAUGUAUAAAACUUCUGACUGACGUGAGGGUAUUUUUUAGAAAUUGAGCUGUUUAGCUUACUUAGUUUUUAACAAUUCUUUCAAAAUAAAAGACUAAAUAAUGA